UGCACAACAAAAAUAUCGCAGUUAAUUAACUUAAACUGAAUUAAUCAAAGGAUUGCUUAGGCAAUGCCCUUUGUGGAACACAACUGAGUGUUGAGUGUUUGUAUACGAGUGCCGUGCGCCGCGUGCAGUUACUUUUAGUAGCGGCUGUAGCUGCUGACAGUUAGCCGCCAAAAUUCUCACCGCCAGCAGCAGCCACAACAUGAACUCCUACUUCGAGCAGGCCUCCGGCUUCUAUGGCCAUCCGCACCAGGCAACGGGCAUGGCCAUGGGCACGGGCGGGCAUCACGAUCAGACGACGGCCAGCGCCGCGGCGGCCGCCUACAGAGGCUUCCCGCUAUCGCUGGGCAUGUCACCGUACGCCAACCACCAUCUGCAGCGCACCACACAGGACUCGCCGUACGACGCGAGCAUCACGGCCGCCUGCAACAAGAUCUACGGCGAUGCCGGCAGCGCCUACAAACAGGACUGCCUCAACAUCAAGGCGGACGCCGUCAAUGGCUACAAGGACAUUUGGAACACGGGCGGCACCAAUGGCGGAGGCGGUGGCGGUGGUGGCGGCGGUGCCAGCGCUGGCAACACCACCAACGGCUCCAAUGCGCCCAACGCUGCCAACGGACAGAACAAUGCGGGCGGCGGUGGCAUGCCCGUCCGUCCGUCCGCCUGCACGCCCGACUCCCGCGUCGGCGGCUACUUGGACACAUCGGGCGGCAGCCCAGUGAGCCAUCGCGGUGGCGGCAGUGCCGGCGGCGGCAACGGCAGCGCCGGCGGCGUACCACAGAACACAGCCAGCGGCGUGGGCGGCGGUGUUGGCGCGGCCACAGCCUGGAAUGCCAAUUGCACCAUCUCGGGCGCUGCGGCGGCCCAAACAGCGGCUGCCAGCAGUUUACACCAGGCCAGCAAUCACACCUUCUACCCCUGGAUGGCAAUCGCAGGUGAGUCCACAGCCGAUCCAAUCAAAAGUAAGAUAAGAUCUGAUUUAACACAAUACGGCGGCAUAUCAACAGACAUGGGUAAGAGAUACUCAGAAUCUCUUGCGGGCUCUCUUCUACCAGACUGGCUAGGCACAAACGGUCUGAGGAGACGCGGCCGACAGACAUACACCCGCUACCAGACGCUCGAGCUGGAGAAGGAGUUCCACACGAAUCACUAUCUGACCCGCAGACGGAGAAUCGAGAUGGCGCACGCGCUGUGUUUGACAGAGCGACAAAUUAAGAUCUGGUUCCAGAAUCGACGAAUGAAGUUGAAAAAGGAGAUCCAGGCGAUCAAGGAACUCAACGAGCAGGAGAAGCAAGCGCAGGCGCAAAAGGCAGCGGCAGCAGCGGCCGCGGCGGCGGCUGUGCAGGGCGGCCAUUUAGAUCAGAACUAGAACGAAUUCAACUUGCUGCAUCCCAUCCAGUGCAACAAUAUUGUAACAAAUAAACCAUUUACUUAACUUAAAUUAAUUCGAUAAUUCAAUAAUCAUAUUGAUAUUGUAUGGUAUAUAUAAAGCAACUAUUUCAAAUUGUUUGAAAAGCAACCGAAAAUACGUAAAGCAGCAAACGGCAACAAAAAUUACAAAUCAAUUUCGUAGACUCUAAGUAAAUGAAAAACAAAACAAAA